AUGCGGCAGCAGUGCAUUGCGGCUGUGUACGCCAAGGCUCUGAGGCUGAACAGCAGCUCCAUCGCUGAUGUCAGCCCUGGCAAGAUCGUGAAUUUGGUGUCGAACGAUGUGCGCCGAUUCGAUGACGCACUGCCAUUCUGGUGCUUCCUGUGGGGCGGCCCUUUUGAGCUCGCCACCGUGCUCAUCCUGCUCUCUGUGCAACUCGGAGCCGCCGCCGCAUUUGCCGGCGUUGCUACAAUGCUGCUAGUCAUUCCUGUCCAGGGCACCUUAGUGUCGUACAUUGGCCAGCUGCGCACAAACACGGCCAAGUACACGGACGAGCGGGUGCGGCUGGCAGGAGAGGCAAUUGCCGGCUGCCUGGCCGUCAAAAUGCUGGGUGGGACCUCCUGCCCCUUCCUCCCUCUGUUUUGA